AGGUGGAGCCAGAGGCGGAAGUGGGGCAGGUGAGGGAUCGGGCCGCGGUCCUGGAGGCGGCGGACCCCGCAGACAUGAUCCCCCCUCAGGAGGCGUCCGCCCGCCGGCGGGAGAUCGAGGACAAGCUGAAGCAGGAAGAAGAGACGCUGUCCUUCAUCCGAGACAGCCUGGAGAAGAGUGACCAGCUGACCAAGAACAUGGUGUCCAUCUUGUCGUCCUUUGAGAGCCGGCUGAUGAGGUUGGAAAACUCCAUCAUCCCCGUGCACAAGCAGACGGAGACCCUGCAGCGGCUGCAGGAGAACGUCGAGAAGACCCUGUUCUGCCUGGACCACGUCAUCAGUUACUACCACGUGGCCAGCGACACCGAGAAGGUCAUCAAGGAAGGCCCCUCGGGCAGGCUGGAGCAGUACCUGGGCUGCCUGGCCAAGAUCCAGAAGGCGGUGGAGUACUUCCAGGACAAUAACCCAGACAGCCCGGAGCUGAACCGUGUGAAAUCCCUGUUGGAGAGAGGCAAGGAGUCCCUGGAGUCCGAGUUCCGCAGUCUGAUGGCCCGGCACAGCAAGGCGGUCUCCCCUGUCCUCAUCUUGGACCUGAUCGCGGGUGAGGAGGAGCAAGAGGGUCCGGGGGGCCCGGCGGCCCCGCCCCUGGAACACCUGCCCGAGGCCGCGCUACAGGAUGUGGUGCGCAUCUCCCGCUGGCUGGUGGAGUUUGGCAGGAACCAAGAUUUCAUGAACGUCUAUUACCAGAUUCGGUCCAGCCAGCUGGAGCGCUCCAUCAAGGGCCUGCGCGAGCAUUUCCGCCAGAACAGCUGCUCAGUGGGGGUCCCCUACUCCCCGGCCGUUACCACCAAGAGGAAGGACACGCCCGCCAAGAAGGCCAUCAAGCGGCCAGGGACGAUCCGUAAGGCCCAGAGCCUCCUGAAACAGUAUUCCCAGCACGGGCUAGAUGGGAAAAAGGGGGGCUCUGGCCUGGUUCCUCUCGAAGGCCGGGAUGAGGUCCUGGACGUGGAGAUCGACGCCUACAUGCAUUGUGUGAGCGCCUUUGUUCGCCUAGCUCAGAGUGAGUACCAGCUGCUGACCGACGUCAUCCCUGAGCACCACCAAAAGAGGACCUUUGAUUCCCUCAUCCAGGACGCUCUGGACGGGCUGGUGAUAGAGGGAGAGAACAUUGUGGCGGCCGCCCGCAAGGCCAUCGUCCGACAUGACUACUCCGCCGUGCUCACCGUCUUCCCUGUGCUGCGCCACCUUAAGCAGACCAAACCAGAGUUCGACCAGGUGCUGCAGGGCACAGCUGCCAGCACCAAGAACAAGCUCCCCGGCCUCAUUGCGUCCAUGGAGACCACUGGGGCCAAAGCCCUGGAGGACUUCGCAGACAACAUCAAGAAUGACCCGGACAAAGAGUACAACAUGCCCAAAGAUGGCACAGUGCACGAGCUCACGAGCAACGCUAUCCUCUUCCUACAACAGCUUCUUGAUUUUCAGGAGACAGCGGGGGCCAUGCUGGCCUCUCAAGUUCUUGGGGACACAUACAAUAUUCCUUUAGACCCCCGAGAAACCAGUUCCUCCGCCACCAGUUACAGCUCUGAGUUCAGCAAACGUCUGCUCAGCACCUACAUCUGCAAGGUCCUGGGCAACUUGCAGCUGAACCUCCUGAGCAAGUCCAAGGUGUACGAGGACCCGGCCCUAAGCGCCAUCUUCCUGCACAACAACUACAACUAUACCCUCAAGUCCCUGGAGAAGUCGGAGCUGAUCCAGCUGGUGGCGGUGACGCAGAAGACAGCCGAGCGCUCGUACCGGGAGCACAUUGAGCAGCAGAUCCAGACGUACCAGCGCAGCUGGUUAAAGGUGAUGGAUUAUAUCUCUGAGAAGAGCUUGCCCGUGUUCCAGCCGGGAGUCAAGCUCCGAGACAAGGAGAGGCAGAUGAUCAAGGAGCGCUUUAAGGGCUUCAAUGAUGGCCUGGAGGAACUGUGCAAGAUCCAGAAGGCAUGGGCCAUCCCCGACGAGGAGCAGAGGGACAAGAUCCGGCAAGCUCAGAAAACCAUCGUCAAGGAUGCCUAUGGGGUCUUCCUGCACAGGUACUGCACCCUCCCCUUCACCAAGAACCCCGAAAAAUACAUCAAAUACCGGGUGGAUCAGGUGGGCGACAUGAUCGAGCGGCUCUUCGACACCUCGGCUUGACCCAGGUCAUUCCCAUGGCAACCUUCCCUCCUCACUGCCCACUCCCCCCGCCAGCUGCAACUGGCCAAACCAUAUUUAUCAGACAGAUAAACCAGUACCUGUGCUGUUC